ACACAAUAUAUAGGUGUAAGUGUAAGGUAGAAUAAGUAGUUGUAAAGAAAAGGCAAUUAAGUAGAGGAAGAAGAGAAAAAAGAGAAAGAGGUUGCAGAAUAUUAAGGUGUCUCUCUUGGACUGAUUCUCUUCAAUCAAUACCAUAUAUCUCUAUCUAUUCUCCAUCCAUAACCUCUAACAACAACAACAACAACAAUUGUGUUCAUGGCUGUUCAAGCUCAAUAUCCUUCCAAUGUUCUUCUUCUAAACAACAACAAUAACAACAACAGUAGAAAUGUUCAAGAAGGACAUGAAUACUCUUUACAACCUCAACCACCGGGAGCAUUAGGACUAGCACUUCUUGAUCAAACUCAUCAUCAUCAACCACAUAUCCUAUGCAACAAUAACAAUAACAAUAACACAAGUACUAAUUCAUCUCGAAAGAGAGGAAGAGACACAACAACGGGAACAUCACCUAAUCUUAUCAAUCAUUUCUCUUUACACUCUCAACCGUCACAGAUUAUUCAUCUUUCUCAACUCCAUAAUCAACAACAACAACAACAAAAUGUUGUCUCUACCGGUCUUCGAUUAUCAUUCGAUGAUCAACAACAACAGCAACAAAGAUUACAGUUACAACUUCAUCAAUUUCAAUCUCAACAACAACAACAGCAACAACAACAAGGUUGUCACUCCUCAACUUUCUUGUCUCUUUUAUCGCAAGGACUUGUUUCUCAAAUCAAACAACAACGUGAUGAAUUAGACCAAUUCAUUCAAGCCCAGGGAGAAACUCUGCGGCGGACAUUGACGGAGAAGAGGCAGAGACAUUACCGGGAGCUACUAACCACGGCGGAGGAAGCGGUGGCGCAACGCCUAAGAGAGAAAGAAGCAGAGCUAUCAAAAGCCACGCGCAAAAACGCCGAGUUGGAAGCGCGUGCGGCGCAGCUAACCAUGGAAGCCCAAGUGUGGCAGGCGAAAGCCCGGGCUCAGGAAGCCGCGGCAGCCUCUCUCCAAGCCCAGCUGCAACAGACAAUAAUGUGCCAAACCGCAGACGACGGCGGCGGUGGCGGUGUCUCCUGCGCCGUAGAAGGACAGGCUUCAGAUGCCGAAUCGGCUUACAUCGAUCCGGAUAGAGUGGUAGUCGUUGCGGAGGCGCGUGGGAAAUGUAGAGCGUGUUUAAAGCGCGUGGCAACGGUGGUUGUUUUGCCUUGUCGGCAUUUGUGCAUAUGUAGAGAAUGCGAUGCGCAUUACAGUGCUUGCCUUGUUUGCCUUACGCUCAAGAAUUCAACCGUUGAGGUCUUUCUCUCUUAGCAACAAUAAUAAUAAAUAAUAAUUUUAUUUAUUUACCUAAAUAAUUUAAUUAUCAUUGUCCAUAAACUACUUUCUUUUUCUUUAAAAAAAAAGAAGCAUGAAUAAAAUUACAUUUUUGUUUCUCUUUUAAAUGGAAUCUACAUUACCAAUUAGAAUUUUGGUUUUAGUAGUUUUUGUUUUACCUUUGGUUAAUGUACAUGACCACAUGAGUAACAAGUGGUAUUUCAUUUACUUUUGGUUAUUCCUUGUCUCUAUUGCAUUGAUAUAUUAUUAAUAUUAAUAUUUAUGGUUCCAAUUUAAAAA